UUGUAAGAUGGAGCUAGUCCUAUGCUUUUCGUGCAAUUUUUUAACUGUGCAACACUGCAACCUACAAAGAAAAGCCAAAACAAAACCCGUUUACCAAACCUCCAAAAUCAAGGCAUCGGGGCAGACAGGACAGUGAAGGACGAUACAAACAGAAGUCCUAGGAGAAGAGGGGAGAGCAAAAUAUAUAUUCAAGCUCUAUUUUUUUGAAGGAAUUCGAAUGGAAGUGGCGACGGCGAGUAACGGUGGGAUGUUGUACCACGAGGUACAAGAGUCUAAGCUCUGCGCUGUGCAUUGCGUGAACACUGUGUUGCAGGGCCCGUUCUUCUCAGAGUUCGAUUUGGCGGCGCUUGCUUCUGAUCUCGAUUCCAGGGAGCGUCAGAUGAUGCUUCAUGGUGCCGGAAACGGCGAUUUCAUUCCGGAGGAGUCUCACAACGUCUCCCUCGACGGCGAUUUCAGCAUCCAGGUUCUAGAAAAGGCGUUGGAGGUAUGGGAUUUGCAAGUAAUUCCACUUGACAACCCAGUCGCAGAGCAUGCUCAAAUUGACCCAGAACUUGAAAAUGCAUUUAUCUGUCAUUUGCGGGACCAUUGGUUCUGCAUCCGGAAAGUGAAUGGGGAGUGGUAUAAUUUUGACAGCCUCUAUGCAGCCCCGCAACACCUCUCCAAGUUCUACCUCUCCGCUUACCUUGAUUCCUUGAAAAGUUUUGGGUGGAGCAUAUUCUUGGUCAGGGGGAAUUUCCCUGAAGAAUGUCCAGUCACCUCAUCUGAGGCAUCUAAUGGUUUUGGACAGUGGCUCACACCUGAAGAUGCUGAGAGGAUUACAAAGUCUUGCAACUCAGCCGGCAGCAGAGCUGGCGGAGGGAGAAGGCAGCGGCAAGAUCUCCAGUCCAGGGAUCGAGAAAUCUUAUUGCUUGACCAAGAGGAUGAAGAUUUGAAAGCCGCCAUAGCUGCAAGCUUGCUUGAUUCCUUGCCUGCACCACUCAAGACUGUAUCUAGCAGCGGCCUCCCUGAAGAACAAAACGAGGCAAGCAAAGGGGAGAGUUCUUGAUUUUUUUUUAUAGAAUCACAAAGAAAAAAGAAUAUAGAUUUUCAUAUUGAAGCUAGAAAACAUUCAGCCGGAGUGUCAUAACUGUGAAGCAUAAAUCUUUCUUUAUGCUGUUUAUUGAAUAUUUAUUUCAGGCGUGGCAUUAUAAAACGGUACUCCUCAUUAUAAAAGGAAGAUAAACAUCACAUUUU